ACUAGAGAGGCAAGCUGAGAGCAGACGAGGGUCGGCUGUACUGAGUCGCUUUUGCAUCCCAUCCACAGGCUGGAAUUUUAUGAACCCAUUUUCACAGUAAAUCUGAGCUCGACCUCUGCCUCUUGUCAUCGUUCCCCAGCAUCCUGAUUUGAUUUACUUAUUAUUAUUAUUAUUAUUAUUAUAUUAUUAUUAUUAUUAUUAUUAUUAUUAUUAUUAACUAAUACUGGAUUUUCUAUAAAGUGUAUUGAAAUGCACAUGAAAUAAGAUUCUCUGGUGUUACUCGUGUAGAGGGGACUAAAACUGCAAGUCUUAGCUCUGGGAAGCAACCUUCUGUCUUAAGGAAAAUUGGAUAAUUCUGGACUGGACUGGACUGGAAGUACGCCUUCAACAGCAGUAUCUUACUUGUUCUGCCGGAUCUCAUGUUGUAAUUGCACGACUGGAUACAGCAUUAUUUAAACGUGGAUUUUAACAAAGAUUUCAGUCAGAAAGCUCUUCGUUUUGUACCCGAACAGCUGCACAACUGCAAAUCAUUUUACUCUGAAAAGAAAAGAUUAAAAAAAAAAAAAAAAAACUGAACCUUUUCCUAUUUUUUGUUUAACUGGUUAAAAAUGAACAUGAACGCCUGAUUUCUUGCUAGAAAUACAUCUGGAUGCCAUUGUAUUUGCAGACAGAAUAAUGCAACAUAUUACACAGUAACAUAUCUUUUUAAUGGAUUUUUCAGUGUGGAAGUAUCUAUUUUGUUUUUAAUUAAGGCUUUUUUUUUUUUUUAAAAUUACUAAAUAACGAAACGGCAUUUGUAAUGAUAAAGCUUAUUGUUUUUGUUUUGCAGUUAUUAGAAAAUACACCAUAUGUGAGUAAAUUAAUCUUCUUGUUCUUAAUGUAUAUUUUUUGAGUAUAUCAGACUGAAUAACAUUACCCAACUGACAGUACAAUGAAGUCGAUGAAAUGAAGAUCUGUUUUACAGUAAAUCAGAUUAAGAAGCGUGUUAUUGAAAUCCGUAUCACCGUGAAUUUGUUUUUGUUGCCUACAAUUGUCAUGUUGGCAUUCACUGCCUUUAUUAAUAAUAACUUUUAAACUAAGUGCAUUUUGAAUAUUAUGCCCUUUGAUAAGGGCGCUCAGAUUAUCAGAAAUGAUUAAUUUAAAUUAUUAUUUAUUACAAUAGUGAUAACAGCAAGAUCACAAUCAACAAGUAUAGUCUAUGGAGAUGGAUUUACUACACAUUCUACCGAUUUUUCUACUGUGCUGGACCCAAGCAGGAGCUGUGAUCAAUCUAAAAUAUUCUGUGGACGAGGAGCAAAGAGCCGGCACUGUGAUUGCUAAUAUUGCAAAGGAUGCUAAAGAUGCUGGAUUUGUGGUCGAUCUCAGGCAGCCUGCCUUUCGGGUCAUCUCUAAUUCCGCACCGCAUUUGUUGGACAUCAAUCCCGCAGGUCUGCUGGUCACCAAGCAAAAAAUUGACCGGGAUAUAUUUUGCAGACAGGCCCCCAAAUGCGUGGUCUCAUUGGAAGUGAUGUCUAACUCUAUGGAAAUAUGUGUGAUUAAAGUUGAGAUAAAGGACCUAAAUGACAAUGCACCCAGCUUCCCCACCGACCACAUAGACCUUGAGAUUUCAGAAACGGCAACCCCGGGCACUAGGAUCCCUCUAGAAGGCGCUAACGAUCCCGAUUCCGGGAGCUUUGGGGUGCAGACAUAUGAAAUCACCCCGAAUGAUCUGUUUGGACUGGAGAUCAAGACCAGAGGAGACGGGUCCAGGUUUGCAGAGCUAGUUGUAGAGAAAAGCUUAGACAGAGAAAUGCAGUCCCAUUACAGCUACAUGAUCACCGCAUUGGACGGGGGUGACCCCCCUAAUUUUGGCACAGUUGAGCUGAAUAUCAAAGUUAUAGACUCUAAUGACAAUAACCCCGUUUUCGACGAGCCUGUCUUCACUGUAGACGUGUUGGAAAACUCUCCCAUUAACACUAUAGUGAUCGACUUGAAUGCAACAGAUCCAGACGAAGGAACAAAUGGGGAGGUGGUGUACUCAUUUAACAGUUAUGUGUCUGAGAAAACUAGGGACGUUUUCAAGAUUGACCCCAGAAGUGGAGUGAUCACGGUCAGUGGGAUGUUGGACUUUGAAGACACGCAAGUUUAUGAGAUUGAUGUUCAAGCCAAAGAUCUGGGUCCAAACUCCAUCCCUGCGCAUUGCAAAGUGACUGUCAAGGUUCAGGAUGCAAACGAUAAUGUUCCAGUAAUUAAUUUACUGUCUGUGAACAGUGAAAUGGUGGAAGUAAGUGAGAAUGCUCCUCUGGGGUAUGUUAUAGCCUUGGUUAGGGUCUCUGAUAGAGACUCGGGGUCCAAUGGACGAGUGCAAUGCAGGCUGCUGGGAAACGUUCCUUUCAGGCUGCAGGAAUAUGAGAGUUUUUCCACUAUUUUAGUUGACGGGAGGCUAGACAGAGAGCAGAAGGAUACUUACAACUUGACCAUCUUAGCCAAAGACAAUGGCAUCCCUUCUCUACAAAACACUAAAUCAUUUAUCGUGAAAGUCACGGACGAGAACGAUAACCACCCCCACUUUUCCAAGCCAUAUUACCAAGUGAUUGUGCAAGAAAACAACACGCCAGGCGCUUACCUGUUGUCGGUUUCAGCCAGGGACCCAGACCUGGGAUCAAACGGCAGUGUUUCUUAUCAGAUCCUGCAAUCUCAAGUCAGAGACAUGGCAGUUUUUACCUAUGUGUCUAUAAACCCAACGGGUGACAUCUAUGCUCUGAGAUCUUUCAACCAUGAACAGACUCGGUCCUUUGAAUUCAAGGUUUUGGCCAAAGAUGGGGGUAACCCUUCCCUCACCAGCAACGCCACUGUACGCGUUAUAGUAUUAGAUGUAAAUGAUAAUACACCAGUCAUAACCGCGCCACCUUUGAUAAAUGGAACUGCUGAGGUGUAUAUCCCGAGAAAUGCAGGUGUGGGCUACCUGGUGACCGUAGUAAAAGCCGAUGACUAUGACGAGGGCGAAAAUGGAAGACUAUCAUAUUCUAUUUCCGAAGGUGACAGGAGUUUCUUUGAGAUCGACCAGGUCAACGGAGAGGUCCGGACUACUAGGACCUUUGGAGAGAACGCGAAGACUGCCUAUGAGUUGAUUGUGGUUGCCCACGACCACGGCAAGACGUCUCUGAGUGCCUCAGCCUUGAUCCUGAUCUAUCUCUCACCGGCGCUGGAUGCACAGGAGUCUAUAGGAUCAGUAAACCUGUCCCUGAUCUUCAUCAUUGCACUGGGAUCCAUUGCUGCUAUUCUAUUUGUCACUAUGAUUUUUGUGGCAGUCAAGUGCAAAAGGGACAACAAGGAAAUCAGGACUUACAACUGCAGUUGUGUCUUUCUGCGCAGGGUGGCGGAGUACUCGUACGGCAGCCAGAAGAAAUCCAACAAGAAGAAGAAGAUCAGCAAGAACGACAUCCGGCUGGUCCCGCGCGACGUGGAGGAGACGGACAAGAUGAACGUGGUGAGUUGCUCCUCGCUGACCUCCUCGCUCAACUACUUCGACUACCACCAGCAGACCCUGCCGCUGGGGUGCCGGCGCACGGAAAGCACCUUCCUCAACGUGGAGAACCAGAAUUCUCGCAACGCUGCCCCCAACCACGGCUAUCAUCAAACCUUCACCGGCCAGGGCCCACAGCAGCAGCCUGACCUCAUCAUCAACGGCAUGCCACUGCCAGAGACUGAAAACUAUUCCAUUGAUUCCAGUUAUGUGAACAGCAGGGCUCACCUCAUUAAAAGCACUUCAACUUUCAAGGACUUGGAAGGGAACAGUCUCAAGGACAGUGGUCAUGAAGAGAGCGACCAAACUGACAGUGAACACGAUGUCCAGAGAGGGCUGUAUGCUGACACGGCCGUCAAUGAUGUACUAAAUAUGAGUGUGCCCUCCACUGGCUCUCAGCUCCCUGACCAAGAUCCAAAUGAGACCUUUCACUGCCGGGAGGAAUGCCGGAUUCUCGGGCACUCAGACCGCUGCUGGAUGCCACGAGUCGGAGUACCAGCCCGAGCCAAAUCUCCGGAGCAUGGCCGCAACAUCAUUGCUCUAUCCAUAGAGGCCACCACUGUGGACGUCCAGCCCUAUGAGGACUGUGGCACCAAAAGGACUUUUGCCACCUUCGGCAAGGAUGGCUCUGAGCUUGGUCAGGAUUUGGAGAGGAGCGAGAUGAAAGUGAAAAGGACAGUUGAUGUACCCAUCUGCAGCCCCAAGGCCAACGGGGCGAUCCGUGAGGCCGGGAACGGGCGAGAGGACGUGAGCCCCCUCACAUCGCCCGUGCACUUAAAGAGCCCCCUCUGCUCCAAGCCCCCAGCCUCUUACAACACCCUGCACCGCCGCGACGCUGAGAGGAUUGCCAACCACAGCCUGCUGCGACAGCCCGAGGGGAAGGACAGUGAGCCAUCGGUCAGGGAAAUCAACCAACUCCUUCACGACAGCAGAGACAAAGACUCACCAGGCGGGAAACGGCUCAAAGAUAUUGUUCUCUAAGAAGUGGAGGAAAUAAAAGGUUCAAAUUAAACAUAAUUUACAGCACACAUUUAAGGGUAUCUGCUUAUUUUCUGAAAGGACGAGUCGUUUACUCGAUAGGAGAUAAGCUUGGCUGGAAAUCAAGGGUGUCUUGGACUGAAGUCCAUGGAUUUGUGUUCUAGCUGUUUUUUUGUUCACUGUCCUAGCAGAGGGAACUGUAAGGGUGCUGAUUACUGUGUAACUUGCCAAAUCCUUCCCCUUUGAUUCACCGGAGAGAGAGAGCAAAUCACCUAGUUUUUACUCCUGUAAAAAUGGACACAAAUAGAUUUACGCCUUUUUUCUUUUUUCUUUUACUACCAUAACGUGCUGUGUGGAAAUAAAUAUUUGUGUGUG